AUGAAUGACCUACCGCAAGAACUCAUUGAUGACAUCUGCAGCUACCUAUCGAGAGAGGACUUGCAGAAUCUACUUAUGCUUAGUCGUCAGUUCCAAUACAGCGUAGAGAAAUACUCGGGAUUCUUUGAAGAAUAUACUCUCCGCACAGACAACUCAGCAAAGUUCCAUUCUCGAUUCUCGUCCUAUCGUCUGUCUUCUUUU